UCCAUCACAGCGAACGAAAUCUUAAUGUAUCCAUAUUCUUAAUUUAUAUCAAACUAAAAACAUCACAGACCACAUAUCGCCAGAAAACUUUGAUUUCGCUAAUCGAAUCAAUUCCAGGGCCAGAGCUUUCAAGAACGAAAAAUGGCAGCCACCAUGACGACUUCUUCUCUUCCACAGUAUAAUGGCCUCAGAGUAAUUGCUUCUCCUUCUUUCCCAAUGGCUGCCAGACAACCAAUGAAGCGCAAGGGACAAGGAGCAUUGGGAGCUCGUUGCGAAUUCAUCGGCUCACCCACUAAUUUGAUAAUGCUUACAUCAACAAGCCUAAUGCUAUUUGCUGGGAGAUUUGGGUUGGCUCCGUCAGCAAACCGGAGGGCUACUGCCGGUCUGAAGCUGGAGAGGUGGGACUCCGGGCUCCAAACAGGGGACCCAGCCGGGUUCACCCUUGCUGAUACCUUGGCAUGUGGCUCUCUUGGUCACAUCAUUGGGGUUGGAGUUGUGCUUGGCCUCAAGAACAUAGAGACCAUAUGACUACAUGAGAUAUAAAUUUCCCGCCUCCAUCUUUUCUGUAUAUUUUUAAACUGUUAAUCAUGGAAGGAGCAUUGUGUUUCUCUUAAUUAUGUGUAUGUAUUUCAGUUUAUUGCUCUUCACAUUUUCUCACCGUUCAUCUCACUCGUUAACAAUAUGAG